UUCAAACUGAUUUUGACCAAUUUGGAUAAAGCACUUGCUUCUGGCCUUCAGAUGACAGCUACUGUGGAAUAUCAUCCUGAUAAAGAUGAGGACACUUUUGACCAACUACUUAUUUCAGUAGGAAAUAAAACAAUAGAAAUCCCUCUAAUUGGGUUGAUUCCAUCCUGUCAACUGGAAAUUGAGUCAGUAGUUAAUUUUGGCAAAUUGGUUGCCAAUAGCAAAGUGUAUUGUAAAGAGAUUCAUAUCAUUAACCAUGGCAAAGCUCCAGGCAUGUUUAACACAGAAUACCAGGGCCUAUUACCCAUCCUCAUUUUUCCAACUAGUGGUAUUGUGGAGCCUGAUUCAUCAGUGGUUAUCAAAGUGGAUUUCUGCGCAGACCAGCCAGGAAUUGUAAAUGAAGUGGCAAAAGUGACUUUGCAAGGUCGUCCUGACAUACUCUUGAGUAUCAAAGCUCAUGUGGUUGAACAAAUUAUUGAAUUGUUAAACAUGAGGAGUGACAAAAAGUUGGAAUGCAUACGCUUUGGUUCUGUUUUCUUUGGAGCAUCAAAAAUCAAACAUGCACGUCUAUACAAUAAUAGCCCACAACCCAUAAAUUGGGUAGCCAUAAUACAAGAUGAUUCCAUUGGAGAAGAAUUGGGUACAAAUAUUCGACUAAGAACUGAUAUUGCUUUAAAUAAUCUCACCUACAUAAGUAAAAUAAAGAACAUAGAUAUUGCUGCUUUUAUCUCCUGUGUUCCUAAUGAAGGGACUUUACUGCCUUAUCAAAAGAUUGUAAUUGCGUUUUGUUUCAGCCCAAAGCUGAUGGUUGAUGAUGAAAAGGAUAUUGAACCCUCACACAGGCAGGAUUAUGCUGUCUUUUUGAGAUUUGAGUCUGUAGGAAGUAAAGAUGGAUUUUUGAGAGAUGAUAAUUACAAAACCAUCAAAAGUGAUCGAUUUCAGAAAGUGGAAUUAGCAUUGACAGGCUCAGGAUUUCCUGUUGUAUUAAAGUUUGAUCCAGGAAAAGUCCUUAAUUUUAAACCUUGUUUUAUGGGUGAACAUUCAGACAUUUCGUGUAUUAUACAAAAUCAAUCCAAAUCACUUCCUGUGACAUACCAUUUUCAAAAUACUACAAAUUUUAAAAUUUAUCCUGAAAAGGGCCAAAUUGAUAAAGGAUGUAUCCAGAAUGUGUUGUGUUCAUUUAUUCCACAAAAAGUUGGAACCUUUAAAGUGAAGCAGUUAUUAGAGAUUAUUGGCUCAGUGGCAGAUGAAAAUUUGCAUUCUUCGAUGAAACCUUUCCAUCACAUAUAUUUAGAUUUCAACAGCAUCUGCAAGCCUUUCACCAAGAAAGUUGUGAUGAAAAUUAACCCUGGUAUAUCUCCUUUGGUCAGUAAUCCUACGGGACAGUUUGUGGUCAAAGACUUGGUAAAAUUCAAGGACUAUGCACCUGUGGCAAUGCUUCAGUCAACCAGAACAUUCAUUCAUAAUCAUCAGUCAAGUAAAGAGUUAAUGAAGGAUGCAAUGAUAGCAUUUCCCAAUGACCGAGCUGCAAGUAUCAGGUCUGGAGACCAUGAUGAACAGUUCAGGACAAUUUUCACAAAGAUUCCAAGAUAUAACUAUGUGGAUCCUGAUUUUGCAUAUACUAAAUCUGAAAAUAUGAAAAAGAGAUCACAUCAAAACUACUAUGCAAAGUAUAUUAAAUAUUUAAGAAGUGAGCGCCUGCAGAAAGAAGUGGAGAGAGAAUUCCUGUGUUCAUAUAAUGAUACAGACAUAGGCUUACCGCCAGCAUCAGGUCUAAAGUCACCCGUACUCUCAGAAGCAGAAGUAGAAGAGGAGCUAUCUUCAACAGAGUGUCCAAUUAAAGCUAACCAAUUGCUAAGUACCAAGAAUAUAGCACCCAGGGAGGAAGAGUCCAUGAAAAGAAAGGUUCUCAAAGGACUUAAAUCCGACCCAUUGACACCCCAAGAAAGACAUGAUUGCAGCCUAAUUUUGACACCAAAGCAAAUUCAUCAAGUAAUUGUUGGUAAGAAUAUACAAAACCUACUAUAG